AUGAAAAUCGUUAUAAUUGUUCGAUUCACCGAUGCAGGUGGCAACAACGAACCGCUUCAAGACCUUGAGCUCCCUUUAACUGUUAAUUUCGAUAGGGAUGACGUAAACACGUUAGUUAGUAGCUUGUGGCUCAAGCAGCAAAUCAGAACUCACCGCAAGACCACAGAGAGAAGACGAAUCAGGCUCAUAUACAACGGCAGAGUGCUUAAUGAACUCACAAACUUUCGAGAUGACAUAUUUGCCCCCAAAUUGCGCCUGAUGGAGUUGCUGCGAAUCGAUGAGCCUCUACGGAUCUACAUUCACUGUCUUGUGGGAGAAAAGCUCACAAGCAGCCAGCUAGCCGAGGAAAGAGAGCUUGAUAAGAGACCACAGCAAGUAACCACAGCUCCUCAGGUUGUUGGGUUUGACCGAUUGCUCCAACAAGGUUUCAGUCAGGAAGAUGUCAAUGACCUCAGACGCCAGUUUAGGGAAGUGUAUUUGCCAGAGGCACUUCAAAAUAUGAACGCAGGAGAUGUAACAGAUGUCGAGGAAGAAGAAGCACGUCAGCAGCUCAUAAGACAAAUCGAAGAGCGUUGGAUAGAAUCGACAAUCAAUGGCAAUACCCCUGGUGAGCCCUCUAACAUCGUUACUACCAGCGCUGGCGCUGAAGACGACACUGGCGUGAUUGCACCUCCCGUUAGGGCAUCUGCAGAGCUCGAGGAAUCCAACCACAACGUAGACUUAGUGUUGGGGAUGUUGAUAGGUGCGUUCUUGGGGGUCGUGGCGGUGAUCUUUGUGCUACUCGACGACUCUUUCGUCAACAAGGACCGCCGCUGGGCAAUCUACGCAGGUGUGAUGGCAAACUUGAUGUAUGCCAUUCUUCGGGGCCAGUGGCUAUAG